UAUCAUCCCACAUGAAGAUACAAAACCCCUCCCUCCUAAUUCUGAACGGGCUACAGCCAUAGGCCAUCAUAAAGCUGGUCUAAUUUUUGUAUGGGUUUUCUAUAUGGCCUUGAUUCUCUAAGCCCAUCCCAGGAUUACGGUUACUUUAAAGCCCAAAACGUUCUGUCUUCCUCCCUUCCAUUUGUAUGGGAGUGGAAAAGUGUGAAGCAGAAGCCGGUACUCUGUCUGACUUCUCAAAUGGAACGAUGGAGUGGUAUUUUGAAGAUUCCGCUAUGCCCAAACAACAAGAGCUUUUAUAGAGUUGGGGCAUCUCUCUGUCUCUCUUCUUCUUCUCCAAAAACCCUAACUGUGCCUUCUGCAAAUGCAAUAUUCUUUCAUGGAGACCGUGUCGCAGGGACAGGAAAUCCUGUGAUUGAAAAGCUAUCUGAUUUACAGAAAGUAGCUGAAAUUCUUGUUUCUAAGUUUGGUGCUUCUGUUAAUGCCUGGGUUAUUGAGGCUUCUGUUUUCAAUGGCCCUUUUGCUCUUUACAAAGAAUUUAUCCCAUCUAUGACUUCCACGGGAGAGCCAGAAUCGUACAGCCCAAUUGGAUACCCUGCUUCAACAGUCACCGUUUCUCUCUUGUCAAAUUCUCUUCAGGAGGCAAAGAAUAUUAUUUCAACAGCAGUGGGAGAACCAUGCUCUGCUAACACUUGUGAAACAUAUUUUUAUGAUUAUCAACCCAGAACACUCAUCCUGGGUUUUAGUAAGGGCGGUGUUGUUCUUAACCAGCUCAUAAGUGAGCUUGCGUUCUUAGAAGGAAAAUCCAUUGGAAGUGGGGCCGCCAUCCAAGAAGAGAUUCAAAUUGUACCAACAACUAAAGAAGGCCUUUUAGACAGCAUUAAAGAGAUUCAUUAUAUAGAUGUAGGCUUAAACUCUGCUGGUGCAUAUAUAUCUGACCCUAAUGUGAUUGAAAGAAUCUCCAAACGCCUUAUGGAGAGUUCUAGAGGACUCCAUUUCAUCCUUCAUGGAACUCCUAGGCAAUGGUGUGAUGGUAGGCGUGCUUGGAUUUGUGAUGAGAAGGAUAAAUUGGUUCAUCUGCUUGAACAGGAAUCUCAUAAGAAUGGUGGGAUUUUACAGGUGUGUGAAAGAUUUUAUUUUGCUGAUAGACCUCCUAAUAUGCAGAUGCAUUUUGAAAUCAUUGAGAGUCUGAAUGUUAAUUGAGUGUUUGUAAAAAUGAAAUUGUCUUAGCAAUACAUUAUAUAUGUAUAUAAAAAAGGCUUGCAUA